AUGCGAAGGCUUCCCAAGGAAGGACAACCUCGGAAGGGGUCCACCUCUCCAAACUGUGGAUCAGGCCUUAUUGGAGAAAGAUUCGUGGCAGCCCCUUGGACGGCGGAGAAAUUUCCCGGUGCAUUGGCCGCAACUGCUCUUUGGUUGCCAGAUAAGGAUGAAGCAAUCUGCGGGAGCACAGCCCCGGGGCCAUGGGAUCUGAAUAAAGGCCAAAGCAAGUCAGACUCUCCAGGACGCACUGCCCAGCCGCUGCCCCGGCAAGCAGGGCCCAAAGAAUUAGGACCAGGCAGGUGGGAACAGAAUCGGCGGCUGGGACUACCUUAUCUACCUGAUGAAGGCCCAGUGGAACCAUUGGCUGCAUCACUAGGAGAGGGCACUGAGGACGAGGGAGGAGGCAACAGGCUUUGCCAAUUGCUCCUGGACUAUUGUGCCCAGUUCUCACAUCGCGAUGUGUCCAGAGGAAAAGAGCAGCUGACCCAGGAAACAACAGGCUGCCUGACAGUCGGAGACUGUGGAAAGAAGAGCGUGUGGAAAGAAGAGUGGCAAGAAAUUACGGAGAUCCUUUUAAACUGGACAGAGGAAAGAUGUUCUCGGAAUCAGAGAUGCCCAAAUAUAGAAAGUGAGCUUCUCAUUACUGCACACAGAUGUUGAAUCAUCAUUAGCCUGGGAGGUGAUGGAGAGGAUUACUACAUUUGAGUAAAAAUAAGGAAAUUAAGUAGAAAUAAUGAAAGUCAUUUUACGUUUAUAGUACUUGACAUUUAUUAAGUUGUUUUGAAGGGGCCCCUGGUGGCUCAGGCAAAAGAGCGUGCAAUGCUUGAUCUUGGGGGUGUGAGUUUGAGCCCCAUGUUGGGUGUGGAGCCUACAAAAAAAUAAUAAAAUUUAAAAAA